UGUAGGGAUCCAUCGUGGAAACAAAUCCAAAAUAUUUGGUAGAUAGAUAAGAUAAGAUAGAUAAGGUUUUUACAAGAAAAUAGUUUCUAUUGGUUAGAGAUCCAAAAUUAAAACCAAAGCUCCUUGCUUAUAACGUCAAGUAGCUCUAAAUAUGCUUUACGUAAGGCAUAGCUCAGUAUUCGUGAGGAUCUCGAGCCGUAAAUACAAAAAAAAAGUAAAUUAUAAAAUUAAAAUUUAUUUGUUUUUUUUUGGAUAUUCGGUACUUUGUAAUUUGUGUGCAUAUAUCUUUAGAAGAGCUUUGAUGGAAGGCUCCAGGAAAGAGAAACAGGGGGCUCCCCCACGGAAUGAGCCGUAUAUCCAGCCUGUGAAUGGGAUUGUUCAGCCGCCGGUGAUACCGCCCCCAAACCGACCAGGCCGGAGGACCAAUGUGCUGGAGGAUCUGAAGACUGUAUUGAACUACAUUUGGCGUAGUCGCUGGUCAUAUCACUUUCGGAAUCCCGUAGAUGCGAUCAACUUAGGAGUGCCUGAUUACCAUACCAUCGUCAAACGACCUAUGGACCUCAACACGAUUAAGAAGCGAUUACAAAACAAUUAUUACUGGGAAGCUGAAGAGGCUUUGCAGGAUUUUGACUUGGUUUUCGACAACUGCAUGCACUACAACAUGGAGGGCACACCGGUCUACCAAGCGGGGAAGGAGCUAAAAAACGCCUUCUACAACCGUCUGGCCACUAUUGAUUUGUCUAAUGAGGAGGAGCUUAAGCCCAAGCUGGAUAAGCGAAAGAGAAAAGCUGUAGAGGAUCUGUUCUCGUCACCGGCUCCGGCUCCUCCUCCGCCUCCAGCUUCGGCUCCCAUGUCAAUGCCAAUGUCCGUGUCGACGCCUCCCCCAAUGCAAAACGUUAUGCAGCCGAUGGUUCCACCUUUUCCCUUUCCACAGGCCCUCCGAGUGGGCCCUUCGCUCAUACCUCAUGCAAUGCCACCGCUUUCCAGUCUAAUGCCGAAUGUGACGCCUUCGUUUAUGCCUGAUACCUUAAUUAAUCCUCUUAACUCAUAUAUGCAAUUCAGCAAUAUAUCCUCGAUGACGCUGGUCAAGGAACGUCAAGAAAUUAGGCCGCGUAUUACGAAAUCACCUCCGAUUUUGAACCCCCUGUGUGGGCUACCACCCUCCCUGACUCGUGGUCCAGUUCAUAUGCCCCCAUCACCACCGACACCAUCAACUCCGCCCAUAACUGAGUAUGCCCAGCCUACAGCGCCUCCAGUACCGGACGAACCACGAAAGUCUCCAACUCCACCACCGCCGGAGAUCCUUCCGCCCAUUAUUUGUUACAAGGAGCUGGAUAGACUGAUCGAAAAGAGCCACGCCGUUUACUUGAUUAAGACAAUGGUGAAGAGGAAGCGUCGCCAAUUCACCUGGGCCUUCAACAGGGCCGACUACUGGCCCCGGUACUCCCAAACUCCGGACUACGACCAUGAUCAAGAGGAGCUUCUCGAUUGGAGAGUGCUAGAAGAGCGUCUAAGCUCGGACCAAUUUGAAAAUAUAGACACUUUCGUGUUCUCCGUACGAAAGAUGUUCCAGAAUGCGUUGCGCUGUUUUCCUGACGAUAACUUGGUAAAGGUCUCUGUGAAGAAGUCGAAUGAGAUCUUUGAACGAAGGCUGCCCAAAUGCAGGGACCUAAUAGCCAAGGCCAAGGAGCAUGCCCGAUCCGUGGUGGAAGCCAAAGAGAAAAAAUUACAGGAAGAGAAACAGUCCAAGUCCAUUAAAUCGCCAAUAGCCGAGAGUCCGAAAUUACAAUCGCCAGUGGACAUACCGGAGCUACCGGAAACGAGUGCUCGAAUCAGGCAUUCCCUGAGUUCUGCUAUCCACAAUCGCCUUGAGUCUAUCGAUGAUAAUAGGAAAAAAAUGAAUCGUUAAUUGUUUUAACUGUUUUUAUUAAGAGGAACCCUCAUCUGUUGUUAUCCUCAUUUUACCAUGUUUUGUGACUAUGUUUCUUAUAUGUUAUGUAAUUAUAGAAUUAUACAACAAUU